AUGAAUUGAUGGUGUGUUGAGGGUUGAGACGUGGUGGUUGUGAUAAAUUAUGUUUUCGUAACCAAAUCUUUAUUACUUUGUUAAAUUGAUCGUUAUAGUUAUUUUUCCAAACGAUGUUUAACUUUUGCAAUACUUUUGGUGCUUACGUAUAUUUUUCAGUUUCGCCAAAAUAAAAAUGUGUCAGCUCUCGUCAACAAAUGGUGUUCUAAAGUGAAUGAAUAAUCGUCAUGACGUAAAGGUAUUUGUGAUUGGUAGUGCUUGGGGUCGAAUAAUUUUAGUGGUUUUAGUGCUCUAGCAGUGUUUUUUUGAUAAGGACUAACUAGUUGACGGGACAAAGUUGAUAAUCCAGACUCAAAAUGGCGGAUCUUGAGGCUGUCCUGGCCGACGUCAGCUAUCUAAUGGCUAUGGAGAAGUCGAAGUGUACUCCAGCUGCCAGAGCCAGCAAGAAGAUUGUUUUACCAGAUCCCAGUGUGAGGAGUGUGAUGCACAAGUACAUGGAAAAGAAGAAUGAAAUACAUUUUGAUAAAAUAUUUAAUCAAGUCCUAGGUUACCUAUUAUUUAAGGAAUUUUGUGAACAAACGUCAGAUGAACCAGUGCCACAAUUGAAGUUUUAUGAAGAGAUUAAAUUAUAUGAAAAACAAGAAUGUGUCGAGGAGAGGCGGCGGAUCGCGAGAGACAUCUACGAUAAUUUCAUUAUGAAAGAACUUUUAGCUCAUUCCCAUGAUUAUUCCAAAGAGUGUGUGGCGCACGUACAGAAAUAUCUAAUGAAACACGAGGUGCCGCCGAAUCUGUUCGAGCCGUACAUUGAAGAAAUAUUUCAACACUUACGAGGGGAGCCGUUCAAAAACUUCCUAGAAAGUGAUAAAUACACAAGGUUUUGCCAAUGGAAGAAUCUAGAAUUGAACAUUCAGUUGACGAUGAACGAUUUCAGCGUGCAUCGUAUCAUCGGACGAGGCGGCUUUGGUGAGGUGUACGGAUGUCGGAAAGCGGACACGGGCAAGAUGUACGCGAUGAAGUGUCUCGACAAGAAGCGGAUCAAGAUGAAGCAGGGUGAAACACUGGCGCUCAACGAGAGGAUCAUGCUGUCCCUGGUCAGCACUGGGGUGGACUGUCCGUUCAUCGUGUGCAUGACGUACGCCUUCCACACGCCCGACAAGCUGUGCUUCAUACUGGACCUGAUGAACGGCGGCGACCUGCACUACCACCUCUCGCAGCACGGCGUCUUCAACGAGGCUGAGAUGAAGUUCUACGCGGCCGAGGUUAUAUUAGGCUUGGAGCACAUGCACAAGCGGCACAUCGUCUACCGGGACCUGAAGCCGGCUAACAUACUCCUGGACGAGCACGGCCACGUCCGAAUAUCAGACCUGGGGCUGGCCUGCGAUUUCUCCAAGAAGAAGCCACACGCUAGCGUCGGUACCCACGGAUACAUGGCCCCUGAAGUUCUUUCUAAGGGUACGGGCUAUGACUCUUCUGCCGACUGGUUUAGCUUCGGCUGUAUGCUCUUCAAGCUGCUGAAGGGGCACUCGCCCUUCCGUCAGCACAAGACCAAGGACAAACACGAGAUCGACAGGAUGACUCUGACCAUGAAAUAUAAUGUUUACCAGAACGUGGAGAUGCCGGACACGUUCAGCCCGAGUCUUCGGAGUCUUCUGGAAGGGCUGCUGCAGAGGGACAUCAACAAACGGCUGGGAUGUAAAGGAAAAGGUGCUGACGAAGUAAAGGACCACGUGUUCUUCGCGGGUAUCGACUGGCAGCAAGUCUACCACCAGAAGUACACCCCGCCGCUGAUUCCGCCGCGCGGCGAAGUUAACGCAGCCGAUGCAUUCGAUAUUGGCAGCUUUGAUGAAGAAGACACUAAAGGAAUCAAGCUAACAGAAACAGACCAAGCCCAAUACAAGGACUUCCCUCUGGUGAUAUCGGAGCGCUGGCAGGGCGAAGUCGCCGAGACCGUGUUCGACACUGUCAACCAGGAGGCCGAUAAGAUGGAAAUGAAGAAGAAAUCCAAGCAGAAGCAGAAGUUCGACGCUGAUGAAAAAGAGUCGGACUGUAUACUCCACGGUUACAUCAAGAAGUUGGGAGGGCCCUUUGCGAGCGCGUGGCAAACACGAUACGCCAAACUGUACCCGAACCGUCUCGAGCUACAUCUGGAGAAUAGUGCCAAGCCGGAGAUGAUACUGCUUGAUUCAGUCGAGGAAGUCUCCUCUGAUCUGGUCUCCGUGAAGGGUGAACAGUGUAUCGUGCUCAGAACCAGGAAUGAUACUAAGAUCGUUCUUACUAAUACGGACGAAAUUGGUCUAAAGGAGUGGGCUUUAUCGCUUCGAUCCGCCCACAAAUGCUCUCAAGAGCUUCUAGCUUCGAUGGCCAAGAAAGCUGGCAAGAUAUACGGGACAGAUGGUGCUAAAGAGCUGGCACUCGGCCGCCCUCCCCCCAACAACUCGCCGGCGCUCACCAGAGCUCCCAACGGGAACAACUAGCAUGAGCUUCCCGCGUCCAAUAAGGGCGCGAAGAUGUUCCGACGAUCCAAGAGCGCGGCGCAACUUAUCAAGUGAACACACAAUUCUUAAGCUGCUGGUCCACUGGUAUAGCUAUACAUGGAUGCGGCUUCUCUGAUUUUUACAGCGAGCAAUGUCGCAUAUUAAUAAAUGCAUAUGCACCCUAAUGGACUUGUACUCAGAAGCAUAAAAUAAAUCAAUAAAACCAUAUCGACUGAUAACUUGCAUGACUGAUAAAACUUUUCAUCAAGAUUUGCACAGAUUUUUUGUUUUUCACAUGGGAUCUCUUCAAUAUACACUGAAUUUUUACACACACUGUUAUAUGAGAAUGUUAAAUAAUGCACAAGAACUUCAUAUAAAACAUAAGAGUGACUAAGAGCAAUUUUCCUGGUGACUGACACUCACUUCAAUACACAUUUGAACAUAUCAUAUGUUCAUGGCAAUUUUAAAUAUUGCAAAAGUUGGUUUGCAUAGCAAGACCAGGGUAAUGGAUCAGCACCUUUAUAGAUUGUGACUUAUGUUCAUCGUUCAUGAUAUUAUUAUAUUGUGUACAGUGUUGUGCAGUGCUAGAUAAAGUGAUGUUCAGUGCUAUAUGUACAGUGAUGAAAGAAAUGGAUUGUCAACGGAGUGAUGUAUUGGUAACUAACUGUAGUAUGUAUUGUGCAAGUAACGCUGAGCGUUUACAAGUAGAUGUAUUGAACUCUAGUGAUGAUUAGGACUGCCAAUGAUUACUAAACAAAAUGCUAUUCGCAUUUUUAUUAUUGUACGAAUUAUGUGAUAGUUCCGAUCAAAUUAUAUGUAAUUAAUGACUGCAUUGAACAUUUGUUUCAAUUACAACAGUGUUUCCAAAUUUCGAUGAUAGCUACGUUCUGUAAUAAUCAUUUGCAAUUAAAUCAAAUUGUGUAAUUAUUAAUGUUCUGGAUGUUGUUUGUAUUUAACUAUGUGGUAGGUAUUGUAUUGUAAAAUAUUACUAAUGUAAUGAUGCUGAUUAGGUGACUAUGAUAGCAUAUUGUGUUUGUGCAAUAGAACAAAAAUUUUGAAUUUAAUAAUGUAAUUUAUAUUUGAUGCGACUAUUAAACUAAAACCUUAAAAUUUCAUAAAAUAACAAAAUAAUAAUAAUAGAACGCUUCAGAAUAUUCAAAUUAAUUAGAGUUUAGCACUGUAUUCUAUAGUAUAACUCUAUGACUAUUGCACAUAGAAUAGAAUAAAAUUAAUACUGUUAAUUUAUUUUAUAUCAGACGGCUCUCUCGUGCAGUUCUUAAUUUAUAAAAAAUGUUCCUUUAUAAGAUUUUUCAUAAAAAUAUAAUUUAAUUAAUUAUUGUACUUAAAUGAUUAAUAUUUUUACCGUUCUUGUUAAUAUCUGCUAUUGAAUUAAAAGAUUUUUGUUAAAUCGUAAAAGUUGUAUAAGUGAUUGUAAGUAGAAAUAAUAUUCAUUCAAGUAAUAUUGGCAAUAAUUUUUCUAACUACAUGUAGAUAUGCUGAGUAAGAAUAGGUUUAACAGCAGUGUUUAGAAAAUUUUUAAAAGUCCUCUGUGUAACUUAUUAUAUAUAUACCAACUCUUUUUGAAUGUUUUCCAUGUUUACUAUAUACAAUUUAACUGCAAAGUAAUAUUCAACUGUUUAACUUUAAGAGUCCCUGCACACUUGGCAUGUUGGUUGGUUGGUUGGUUGGGAUAUGUCAGUGAGCUACCAAACUAGAUACCACAGUCGCCACAGCACACUGAGACAGUAAUACAUUUGUAUGUACGUAGGAAAAGAGCUCCUUCUUUGCUCAAGGGUUUGUUUCUGUACUCCAAACAAAUCUACAACUUCUAAAUAACAUAGUUCAUACAACAACUAAAACUAUCGGAAUAAUCUGAUGAAUAAUUAUCCCAAAUUGUUGGUCUACUUUUGAUUUCGAUUAUAAACCUUUCUGUAUCGAAAUUAUCCAUUGUAAUUAACAAUUAAGAUAUUAAUAUAAGCAAUUAGAAAGCAAAACAGUGUACAUUUUGUUGGUAACGGCGACUGGAUGCGCCGCCUUAGUGUCCUAUUGAAAUAUGACUCUGUGUGCUCAUUCAGCCAAAGUUUAUAUAAAGGUGUUGCUAUGUGUUUAAAAUUUAAUAAUAUUUUUUUAAUGAAUAAAUUAAUUUGGCUGCCAACUGUCUCAAUGCACUUACAUAGCUGCCAGACUUAUAUUGUGUUUGAAAUCGCUUGAAUAAACAGUCUUGAUAGCCUGGCCGCAUCAUUCAGGCUGCUAGUGUGCAAGGGCUCUAAAUCGUCAAUACAAGGAAGGAAGUAAUUUAUAGCACAGCAAAGGCUUAAGUAUUAAUUUGGGAUAUUUCUUUUAAUUUUCUAUCAUUCUAAAAAAUGUACUCCGGCUCAAAAUGAUGCAACUUACUUUAUUAAAAACUUUUAAUUCUUCGAAAGCCAAUUAACUUAAGGAGAUACCAGUGUUGCCAAAUGUUGCAAGUAAUGGAAAUUUUACAUUAAUGAUGCAAUGAAAUAUGAUUCCUCCUUGUUGUUUUGUGACAUUCUGUGAUUAUUUACUAAUAUUUUUGAAUAGGAGGGAGUAAGGUUAACUUUACAUAUUCACAUGUAUGGUUCAUAAUUUUUUGAGAAUUAACUAUUAAUAUAAUGUGAUAGUUGAGAAAAAAAACCAACACAUUCGGAGUUCUUCUCUCCAUUCUAAAUUAAUAGAAUUCUUCACUCUGAUGCAGAUUUAUUUUUUAUGUUUUAAUUUCACUAUCGGAAAGUCAUAAUUUUACAUUUUAUGCCUUAUCUAUAGGAGGCUUUAUAAUAUUGUACAUGUUUAUAAUAUUUUUAACUAUAAGUGUCUAAUGAGCUACAUAAGUGAUAAAUGUUUUUUUUUAUGAGCAAGACAGUAAUGUUCUUAAUUUACCAUGGAUAAUUAAUUGGACAUAGUUCCUGAAAAUUAUUCCAAGCCACAAACAUCUCAUUUUAAGGAAUUCGUGUUUAAAGUUCAAUAAAUAUUAGUGUAUAUACAUACAUAAGUCAUGAUGUCAUUUAAAGAGUGACAGUAGGGCUGCCAUUUUUUGUCAGUCCGUUAAUAUGAAUCACAUGAUCAGUUUUGUGUUCUUAACUCAAUUUCGACAUGAUUGUGGUUUGGAACGUUUUUCUGGAAUUACUUACGUCCAAUUUAUUUAAGACUUUUGUUAUUUUAUUCCUUUGUUUAGUUGGUUAUUAUUGUAUUUACUUGCUAUCAAAUGACUAGGGUCCACUAGGCUUGUAAAUUGCGUUUAACCGAAUCGCAGAAAUUAGAAUUCUUGUUUAUUUGAUGUAAAACUUGGUCUAAUAAGGUCUAGCUCUGUUGGGAGUAAUGGAAGCGCUUUGAAGCUGCUUGAGAGAAGUCCUUCGCCGUUACGUAUAGAUUCGACUCAGUGCUCCUCAUUCGACGCGAGAUUUAGUAUUGGUAUUUCAAAUAAUAACAUUUCUCCAUCUGAUUUGUCCAAAACAAACAAAUCAUAUACAUUAAUGAAGAGUUGCUAUGAACAAAUGAAUGUAUUUGUCUGAUUCCGGGUCCACAUAUAUAUAAUUAACCUAUCAAUGGUUGGCUGUUAUUACUUAUUUGUAUGCACACAAGGACUAAAAUUGUUUGACUAAAGUCGCUUCGGUUUGACGCGUUUCAGCUACAGUCGACCCGAGGCAUUAUGUUGUCAUGUAAUGAUAUAAUAUUUCAGGCCUUAUUGUGAAUUAAUUGUUUAUAGCAUUUUGAUACAAUACUCUUGCGUAUUUAUUAUUUACAAUAGUUUCUUUUUAUCUUAAACUAGUCUAUUAUUUUAGACAUAACUAAUUGUUAUUUUGUAUGAAUUGGCCUGCAACAGUAAUGAAUUAUGUAAAUAGGCCAUUAUGUUUAUAAUCGCAUUGAAACAUGUUUGUGUUUAUCCAAUAUUAGAGUAGCACUCUUCUCUUAGAGAAAUAUAUAUGCUGAAUGUUAUACUUUGAUGAAUCAUGUGUCAAAUAAACAGAGGAAGGAUAGCAUAACAAGAACAGAAAAGAUUUUCAGAUGUUCUUGCAAUAACACGUUGAGUGCGUCGAAUUGAGAUUCAUAAAAAAUGUAUCCUGUUGGUGGACAAAGCGGAGAGGGGAGUAGACAAGAGGAGAUAAGCCGCAAAGCUGUCAGGUUAUUUAUGCUCCACCGCGCUGCUUGAUCGCUGGACGCGGCACAAAAUUCUAUAGAAAAGUGAGACAUCUCCUCUCCUCUCCGCUCGAUUCAUUUCCACCGAAGCUAAGCGGAGAGGAGAUGUAGAGAAGACGAAAUGUAAUUCGUUAUCAAAACACAUCUCCUCUCCUCUCCACUUUGGUGGAUAACGGGCCUUAGACUUAUAGACGUCAGGUCUUGUCGAUCCCAAAAAAUGCAAGGUCUGAUAGGGCUAUUACUGGAGUCAUUAGCUUCCACUUCCACUGGAGCGCCUCUCUAUCCACGUCAUAAAACAAUGUUGUAAGGUUAAGAGUUGAGCAAUAGAUCACAUGACAUCAAAUUUGCUUUCGCCUCACUACUGUUUCUUAUUGGUCGCUGCUAAUGAGAUUUAAAGAAGAGGAGAGGGAAAUUCAGUCAUUAUUCUGGAGUAGCCACGGCUACUAAUCGUCUCUUGGUCAUAUAUAUAUUAAUUUAUAUUUCUAAUUUUCAUUGGUAAAUAUCUCAUGCUUACGUGUAUCGUUUCUUCUCUGUUAUUAGCAUGAUUUUGACAAAAUAUAUUUUUUUUUAUGAGGAUGACUACUAUCCUGUUCAAUGCUUUUGUUGUCGUAUUCUAUUGGGAUUCAAAGAAUCUCGAGAAAAGUUUGUAAGUUUAAUAUAUUAAUUUAGUGAGGCGGUCUGAAGGGCGCCGUAGCUAGUGAAAUUACUGUGUAAAUGAGACUCAACAUGUUAUGUCUCAAGGUGACGAGCGCAAUUGUAGUGCCGCUCAGAAUUUUUUGGGUUUUUCAAGAAUCCUGAGUGACACUGCAUUGUAAUUGGCAGCCCGUAUCAAUUACCAUCAGCUAAAGGUCCUGCUCGUCUCGUCCCUUAUUUUCAUUAAAAAAAAAUCUAAAUAAAUAAGUCUAUGCUUGAGUUGUCUAUGAUGUUUCAUUACAUACUCUAUACUAUGUCGAGUAAUUUGUUUGAGGAAUACUAUUGUUAUCUGACAAUCAUUUUCUUUUUGGUAUUAUUUAUACUGUAUAUAUAUUUACUAUCUCAGUAGCAUAUAAAGCUAUAUAUAACACUAGAUGCUAGUCAAUUGAAUUUAUAACCUGGAAUUUGGAUUGUAAUUUAGAUAAACGUUAACUGUAGUGUAGCAGUAUUAUAGUUAAGUAGAUUGAUAAAUUAAUUGUUUUGUAAUUUCUUAUUCUCAUACAAAUACUGUAUACAUCCACCAUCUUUGAUUUUCACUGUUUAGUUUAAAAAUGAAAUAAAUUUUAUCAUGUAUUUUUAUAUUUUGUUUUAAACUAUUUAUUUAAUUUAAUUUAUUAUAAUAUUCUCAACAUUCCGAUAUGCAAGAUAUAUAGAUUAUGUUUCGUUUGCGUGAAACAUGCAUUUAAUAUAUUUUUUAAUUAUUUUUCCCGUGUUGUUUGAAUAUUUGCGAAAGGUUUUAAAUCCGUUUAUAAAUUGUCUGGAUCUGCAUCAGAUGUGUAACAGUAGGUGCGUACCUCUCUUAGAAUAUAUUUUUAUUGUGAACCUACAUUACGUGUAGUAAAAUGUUAAUUUAAUCA